AUGUUAUUUUAUUUAUUUUAUACAUUCAGAUUCUCACACAUCGAAUCUUUUCUCAAGUAUGUUGUAACCGAAUGUGUAAGUACUUUAGGACUUAAUUCGAACCCAGUUUCAUUUCGCCCAAAGGAAACAACCCUGGAAUCCUUACCACUGUAUUUGUUUAUAUCUAUAUUAUUAAAAAUCAGAAACGAUGUGAAGAUAAUAACGAAAUCAAAACCGAUAGACGUAAACGCUGAAAUUUCGGCAUUUUCCAGGAAAACAUUCAAAAAUCUACCGAAACCGGAGACUGUAAAGCUAACUCAUGAUGUGGCUUCUGAGAUCGAACGCCUGAGAAAUAUUGACUUUGAUGCAUUGGCAAAACCUAACGUGGAACCGGAAUUGAACUAUAAAGAUGGUAACUAUAGAAUAUUAAUGGAAUGUGUAGGAAUACCUAUCAAGAAACCAUUAUCUGAACCAGAUUUGGACUUGAAAAGAAUUGAUGACUAUUUGAUAAUUUACAAGAAUCCUCUGGUGUAUAUACCAACAAUUCUAGUCUUUUCGGUGUCUUUACCCUCAUUUUCAUACUUUCUGGUAUACGGGAAAGAGGUUUCAAGGUAUUCUAUCAGAGCAAUAACCUCAUUCGUGUUAUUCUUUUUAAUAUACAACACACUAAAAAGUGUGUACAUAAUAGCAAUAAUAGUAGCUAUUAUAGCUUCCUUCUUAUCCUUCAGUAUCGCAUUAAAACAACUCAAGUAUUUCAAUUUUGGACCAAGAAGUAUGUUUCAAAUUCUAGAAAAAUUAUUUAGGCGUAAGAAAGGAACCAAUUGGAUGGAACAUAAAAUAUGGAUAGAUUUUUGUGAUUCUGUUCUCAUGUGUAGUAUUCUCAAACCUACUUUACAAGAUUUUAUUUGUCAUUCUUCAGUUAAUCACAGGGAUGUUCUAUAUUCUUUUUCUAGCUAUAAUUUCAGGGGUAUGAUUAUAGAUAUUCUUAUGUGUAUCUUCAAUUUUCAGGUUGUUCUGGGCUUAUUAAUAGUCGUGGUACCAACUAAAUACGCACAAAACUCAGUGAUCUCAUUAUCUUGCUCAUAUAUACUUAUGUCUGGUAAAAAAAUAUUUUAUACUUUCAACCUUAGGUGUUUCGUACUUGAACGAUUUCCUGCUCAAUUUUUCGAUAGUAACGUAACAGUUUCUACUUCUCACCUUCUAAUGGUUCUUGGGACACUUCUCCUGUCAAGUAUCACAACCUUCCUUAAUAGCAAUAAACAUUUAAAAUAA